AAGAGAAAGAGAAAGAGAAAGAGCAAGAGAAAGGGAAAGGGAAAGGGAAAAGAGAAAAGAGAACAGAGAACAGAGAAAGAGAUAAGAGAUAGAGACAGAAGAAAGAAGGAAGCUUCUUGUUUUGGUGAAGGAAUAUGAAGAAGCUAGAGACCAACUAGCCAUAGACGGCUGUUCUUGAGCACUCUGCUGAGACAUACCGCAAGAGCCGAUAAGAGCCGUGCGUUUCUUCAUAGGAAGUUCCUCUGGACCGUCACGAAUAAACAUGCCCUGACAGAGUUUCUCUACCUCAGUUUACAAAGCUUAGAUUCCGGAGUAGGAUAUCCAUGGGUGAGGUGGCCAUAGUCUCAACUCUCAGCCUUAGCCUUCCAAACAACUGCAAAGCAAAGGAUGGUUUGAUAGUUCCACAGUUCCAGGAUUUCAGUCACCAGGCCUGCCUUUAUGAAGACUUGCUGGCCCUUAUGUAUUCGGAUUCAAUGGUUUGCCCUCUAAACAUGAUCUCUAGACUCCAACCGUUUGAACAGCGGAUCAGCAAACCACUUCGUUCUUUCAGUAGCUUCACAUCCCAGUCAAGUCCCACACCAUGCAUUGAUGAGGUUGGGGUAUCAAAAAUGUAUCAGCAAAUGUGCAGCUAACAUCAGCUAACGUGAAGUCGAAGAAGCUUGGGUAGCAUGUUGCAGAAGGGUUGACACUUUGAACUGGCAAUCAGAAAGAAGGUCCAAGAAAAUCUGCUGCUCGUGGUAACUGCUCCAGAUGCUGUACAUGUUUUUGAUCUCGAUGCACUUUGAGGCGGCGCUGAAGGCCGAGAUCGAAGAGCAAAAGGCUACGUUCGACAAAGAGCUUCAGCAGCAGAUGUCUGUUUCUCAGGAGCUUCAAGAUCAACUGGCACGUGCAAGAAAGUCGAUGGAGGAUAGCUUGGCCACCGGGGGUGAAACCCUCCAGGCAGCUUUUGGUGAAAGGGACCUUCUGCAAGUCGAGCUAAGAAAAUUGGGGGACGAAGCUGCCAAGCUGCGGCAAAUAGUCGACGAAAGGAGUGAAACUUUACGGCUUCAAUCACAGGAUCUAGCCAGUGUGAAAGAAUCCUUGGCUGAGUCAGAGAAAGCAGGCGGAGUGCUGAAGGCAGAAUUGAAGGUGCUCAAGCGCAACCUGGUGACUUCUCAGGAAGAACUGGCCAGAUUGCAGGCAAGACAUGAGGAGCUUCUGAAAAAGAACAAGCAGGAACAGGGAGAGCUGCAGGCCAGCAGUGCCAUGGAAAAGCAGUUGCUGGAAGAGAAGCUCCAGGCCUGCCAAGAAAGGGAGGCGUUGCUUCGUAUAGACCUGAAAUCUUGCCAAGCCUCGGAGGCUGAACUGCGGGUAGAAGCAACGAACCAUCGAGAAGAGGUCCAGAGGCAGCAGGCAUUGAUAGCGGAGCAAUCUCGUGAGCUGGAGAGCCUGAAGAAGGCCUUAUAUGAUGCAACUCAACGUCAAGAAGACCUGGCACGUCAGGGUGGUGAAGUUCAGAGACUGCAGGUUGAGCUGCAUCAGCACAAAGAACAGAUUGAGAUCUUGGAGAAGACCAUGGCACAGCAAGAAAUUGAUUCCCAGCGCUCCUUGGAAGAGGCAGCAGUUGCAGCAAAACGUGAGAUAGAAGCAGAGCGUGCUUCGCACACCUAUGCCAUCGACACACUAGAAAGGACUCAUGAACAACAUCUGGCAGACACACAGCAAGCUCAUGUCGCGGAACUUGGUGCACUUCGGGCAGAACUUGAAGCGGAGGCACAGAGACUGAGGAGCCAGCUGAGUCAACUUGAGUCUACUGACCAGAAUGGUCGGCGGCUUCUUGAGGAACAAGCAAGCGAACUGCAAGAUGUAUUGAAGAAGCUGCAGGAUACUGAAGCACGGCUUGAGAAAGCCACUGAGCUUGCAGAUGAGGAGCGGAGAUUGAAGGCAGAGCUUGAAAACAAGCUCGCCGCAUCUGCACUCGAACUACAGAGACUUCAAGGUGAACUUCAAGGUGAGGUAGAGAUGCAAAAACAAGAGCACUCAGCUGCCAUGGAGCGCGUGCGUGAAGACUUCCAAAAGGAGAUUGGCCUGUUGACCGAGAAACACAGCAGAGAAACCCAACGCCUGGAAGAGGAGAUGAAGCGGGCUUUGGAGAGCCGUGGAAGGGAAGGUCUUGCUGAAGUGCAGCGCCUGCAAGAGGAGAUGAGGCAACAGAAGCGCGGAUACGAGGAAGACAUCAGGAUUCUGAAAACAAAGAUCGAAGAAUUGGAGAACGCUUUGCAAUUCUCGCAAAAGGAAGCCGAGGCCCAGCUUCGGGACAUGGAGGGCACCAUGCGCCUUGAGGUCGAAAAGGUGCGGACUGAGGGUGUGGAGAUGGUGCAAAGACUAAGCACGGAGCAUGAGGCGAAGCUUGAAAGCAUCUUCCAAAAGCAGUCUGCUGCGUUGGAACAACUUCAGCAGAAGCUUGGGUCAUCUCAUCAGGAGCGGAUUGAUGAAAUGCGUGCAAAGCAUUCACGCGACAUUGAUGGUCUGAAGACUGCUCAUGCUGCUGACAUGCGGGAUGCGGCCGCUUCUCACAAGGCAGCCUUGCAGGAGGUGCGAACUGAAAAGGCUCGAGCAAUACAAGAGUUGGAGAACGCUGCCAAAGCUGCAGCUGACAGGCAUGCAAGCGAAGUGCAUUCGCUGAAUGAGUCGUUGCAAUCAGAGCGCGGCCACUUGAAAUCUGCGCGCGCGGAGGCGCUGGGUUUGCAAGAAGAGUUGCGGAAAGCACAAGCAAGUGCAGCAGAAAUGGAGGCACAAUUCAAUACAGCCGUGGCAAAGCAUGAGGAAACCACAAAGCGGAGACAACAGGAAUUCGACAGGGAAAAACGGCAUUUGAAAGAGCAGCACAAGCGAGGAGUGGAGCAGCUGCUUGAGAAGCACAUCAAGGAGACGGCUGCGCUCAAAGAGCAAUUUGACCGAGCCAGACAUUUGCAGGAGAUGCAAAUGGAGAUGCAGCAACAGCGCAUCAUAGAGCUGCAGAAUCUCUACAAUUCGAGACCAUCGCGUGAAGAGGAUUUGCAGCUUAUUGCUCACUUGGAGACGGACGUGCAAGCAAAAUCUGCUCACAUCAAGAAGCUCUUGGAUGACAUGCAGUUUUACAAGCUGGAGUUGGUAAAUCGUGAGCAGAACUACAACAAGGUUUUUGGCGCAGCGCCAACUGUCGGCAUAAUGAAUCCAAUUGCCGCCAAGAAGCCAAGUGGGCCAAGUGGAGCGCAACAGAUGAGAGUAGUGCAGCAGCCUGGUGCUGCUAUGAACGGAGUCAACAUGGGCCUACCACCGCUCGGAACUCCUGCUCCAACCAGAAGCAACAGCAACAAGCCCAGCAAGAGGCCAUCAAGUGGCAGCAUGCGCCGUGCAGGAUCCAUGGAAUGAUCUGAGUAAACUUUUUGCAAGCGAGAUCCCACUUUUUCCGAAGUGGGGACUCAAGAGCCCCCAGCAAAGUCUCUAAACUUGUUUCACAUAGCUAUGCACAAGGUAGUUACGUGUCACCUCUGGUGCUGCCAGUACUGCUGUCUUGCCAAGUCUGCGGCAGCGUUUCGAUUUGCAAAGCAAUUCAGCAGCACAGAAGGAAGUAGUGAAUUUAAUUGAUCUCGAUUAACACAUCUACACUCUUCACUGGCUUGCUUGUCGCUCGAGAUCAAACUGCCAGUUUGCUCCAAAUUGUGUCGGGAGGC